AUGAAUAUUUAUUCAGAGCUAAUAAAAGCUGUUGAGCAAGGUACCAAUUUUGAAGUAGCCGCAAUCAAUCUCAAGUCUAAAAUUAUCCAUCUUAUUGAGACUACUAAACAAGAAAUUAAUUUAUUAAAACAGCAAGAAAUUCUGCUGCAGACAGCUUGUAACUACUAUAAUCGUUUAGCUCAGAAUUUUCCAGAUAGAAUAGGUUUCUUACAAAAUAUAUCUCUUAGAGACAUGGUGGAGCUUCGCACAUAUGCCCGGCCUCACCCUAUUAUCAUCCCUGUAGUAGAAGGAAUUAGCAUAAUUCUAAAUGAAAAGGAAAAAUGAGUGAAUUUUUGUCAAAAAUUAAAUUUCAACUGACUACCUUAUUUAAUGAAUAUUGAUCAUAAUGCACUUUCUGAGCAAACCCUACAGGAUUUAGGACUAAUUGUAAAUGCAAAUCGAGAUAAUAUUAGUCAGAUUUACAUGAUGUCAAGAGCUGCUGGGGAAUUAUUUCGCUGGCUAGUAACUACUUAUGAUUGAGCUAUUAUAAUUAGAGAUCAUUUCACACAGUUUUCAAAUUUUAAAGAAGUUGAUAGACUAGUAGAAAAAGAUUUCUUAGAAUAUAGCUCUUUAUGUGCAGUCAUUAAUUCCAUAAAAAAUAAAGAAAAAGAGCUAGAUUUAUUAGAAAAUAUUGAGCUCCCAAGGAUUAAUAAAAUUUUAGGACUAUAA